CAAACAGUAAAAUCAAAACCCUUCACACAGCAACCACACAGACAAGAGAAGAGGAUGGCUGCACUCUCUUUCUCUCUUACUUCUCCUUCAAAAACCCCAAAAUUCUCUCCUUCAAAAACCCCGACAACAAAAUCAACAAUCCUAAACCUCCUCCCUUACAAACUGCUCAAUCUCAACAAGUUCUCUACAAUCUCAAAACCCAACUCCUUCUCUCUGACCGUUACAAAACCCUCAAAAAACCCGAAACCCAAAUCCCAUUUUCAACCAAUAAGGUCUCUUUUUACUGGCAUAGUUGAAGAAAUGGGAAAAGUUCAAAAAUUGGGAGAUACCAAAGAUGGUGGCGUUGAUCUUAAAAUAGCGGCAAAAACAGUGCUUGAAGGUGUAAAUUUAGGUGACAGUAUUGCAGUUAAUGGGACUUGCUUAACUGUCACUGAUUUCACCAAUCAAGAUUUCACUGUGGGGUUAUCUCCUGAAACUUUGAGAAAAACUUCUCUAAUUGAGUUGAAGACUGGAUCUUUGGUUAAUUUGGAGAGGGCAGUCCAGCCUAUUAGUAGGAUGGGAGGGCAUUUUGUGCAGGGUCACGUGGAUGGCACGGGUGUGAUUGUAGAGAAGGUGCCAGAAGGUGACUCGCUGUGGAUCAAAGUGAAAACAGAAAAGGGGUUGUUGAAAUAUAUUGUGCCAAAGGGGUUUAUUGCAGUGGAUGGGGCUAGUUUGACAGUUGGUGAUGUUUUUGAGGAAGAGGGAUGCUUUAAUUUUAUGCUGGUGUCUUAUACACAGCAGAAAGUUGUUGUUCCUUUGAAGGAAGUUGGACAGAAGGUGAAUUUGGAGGUGGAUAUUUUGGGGAAGUAUGUCGAGAGGUUGCUUAGUAGUCGUUGCUGAUUCCUUCAAGAGUUCUUCGUCAUACAAAAAGGAGGUAAUGGGCGUGGUUUUGUUGUUUUGAAUUUGGUUUUUAUUUUUUAUUGUUUUGUGUUUUAACUUCACUGAAAUGAAAUUUGAAUAAAGAUGAUGGAUUUUUGUGUUGA